AUGAAGGUCAUUCUCGCCAUCAAUGCCGGCUCUAGCUCGGUCAAGAUCUCAGUCUAUAUUGCAGAUAAGAACGCAGAACCUCAUCAAAUCGCAGAGGCCUCAAUCGGUGGAUUGACUGCUCCGCCAGCAACGCUUGCUUAUACGCGUCGCGGUGAGAAGGUGGUCAAGGCGAGAGAGGUUGCCGAAAGUGUCAAGAAUCAAGAGGAUGCUUUCGACCUUCUCCUCAAGACAUUCAUUGAUGACGCUGAACUCAAGGAGAUCUCUUCAAAGGAGGAUAUUGCCAUCGCCAGCCAUCGCAUUGUUCAUGGAGGGGACUAUGAUCGGUCGCAAGUCAUUACCCAAGAUGCCUAUCACCACCUUGAAGAGCUCAGCGACCUAGCACCACUUCACAAUGGUGUCGCCUUGAGCAUCGUCGACACUUGCAUCAGCGCGCUACCCAAGACCAUCAACGUCGCCUGUUUCGACUCACAGUUCCAUACAACUAUCCCUCCACACAUCUACACCUACCCCAUCGACCCAAAGAUCGCGAAAAGCAAUCGCCUACGCAAGUACGGAUUUCACGGAAUCAGCUAUGCAUUCAUCACAAGAGCCGUGGCACAGUAUCUUGAAAAAGACGUCGACAGCUUAAACAUGAUCGCUUUGCACCUCGGUAGCGGUGCCAGCGCCUGCGCCAUCAAGGGCGGCAAGAGUUGGGAUACGAGUAUGGGGCUUACACCUUUGGCGGGCCUUCCUGGAGCGACUCGAAGCGGCAGUGUUGAUCCUAGUCUUGUCUUCCACUAUGCCUCCGAUGUGGGGAAACUCUCCCCUGCAUCCACCAAACAUCUUCACAUUUCAAGGGCUGAGGAGAUCCUCAAUAAGGAGAGCGGCUGGAAGUCCAUGACGGGCACGACCAACUUUGGCGUAGUUGCCGAGUCAGACGAGCCCACCCACCGCCUGGCCUUCGAAAUCUUUGUCGAUCGCAUUGCCGGCUUUGUCGGCUCUUACUUCGUAACCCUCGAGGGCCGUGUCGAUGCUUUGGUUUUCGCUGGCGGCAUUGGAGAGCACAGCGCUAAGCUUCGAUCUGCCGUCGUCGAGAGGGUUGCCUGCUUAGGCUUUGCCCUCGAUGAUGCUAGUAAUCAGGAACCUAUCAAGGAUGUGGUCCAGGAACUCGGCAAACGCGAUGCCAGGCAGCGGGUGCUCGUCUGUCAGACAGACGAGCAGCUGGAGAUGGCCAGAUUAUGUGCAGAAAAGGAGGAUAUAUGGGAAUAG